CACAAGGAGGACUGCAGCACCCCAACACCAGACUAGCAUCAAUGAAACCUCCCCUGCUCCAGGGGUUUGUGGAAGAGACUUGGACGUGGAGUAGUGAUGGUCUGUCCUCGGACACAGAGCUGUCGCCAUGUAGACGAGAUGUCUACUUCCAUACUGAUCCUGUUCUGGAGAGCUGUGGCACGGCCGGAGUACGAGGGAGCACAGGUUUUGUUCAGGGCGAACACUACUGGGAAGUAGAGUUUUUGGAGCCAGCCUCGGGCUAUUCUGUUAUGGUCGGUGUUGGCACGAGUAAAGCUGCACUGCAUGCUGGGAGCUAUGAAUACAUUAACUUAUUGGGAAAGGAUACUGAAAGCUGGGGAUUGUCUUAUAAAGGCAUGAUUUGGCACAGAUGUAGCAGCCGACCAUACACCGAACCAUUCUUUGAUCGAGGCACUGUGAUCGGAGUUCAUCUAAACCUAAAGGAAGGGACACUGACAUUUUACAAAAACAGACAAUGUCUGGGACUGGCCUUCACAGGGCUGCAUAAGGUGCAGUCACCGUUAUAUCCAAUGGUCUCCUCCACGGCGCCUGGCAUUGAGUUGUCAUUGGGUUUACGUUGUUCCACUCUACCUACCUUGGAAGAAAGAUGUCUCAGCACUUUGGCCCACGGCCUGGCCAAAAUGGACUUGGUGGAUUUGCUGCCCCUUCCAGUAGCAGUGAGGUGGAAACUCAAAAGUUUGAAAGAGGGUUCCGAUCUAGAUGCUCUGGCACCUGAACUCUAGUAAGAGGACCCACACAUAAUGGAAUAACGUGACAUUAUUCUGUGUCCACCACUGAACUGGCUUAGUACAGAGAAUGCGGCAAGGGACGUGGGGUUUCUCUUCUGCUGUGAGACCUUAUCAUCAUCUCAUUAUUCUGAUGUAUUGAUGGCCAUCAGCCUUCCUACCAGCUUGUGUACACAAAGGAAGCUCAGAGUAUCCGAACAGAUGAUAUACUAGAAAAACAUAGUAUAUUUACUCUAGUUCCAAAGACGUGUGCUUGCUUAGUGCACAGACCCUUCAGUCUGUGAGUUUAUUUGGGAGGAGAUCCCAAGAGAUUAUUGAAAAAGUCUUCAGUAGGGAAGUUGUCAGUGGCCAACAUAAUCACUAUAAUUUACAUUGUGUCCAGUUUAUUUGACUUGCAGGAUAGAAUGCUCCUGGACUUUUUUUUAUUUUUAGUCGACAAGCUGAAUGCUCAGAGAAUUCUGUAGUUACUAAGAAAGGACUAUAUAACUAGUUUGAUUUUUCAUCCUCAACCUCCAACAUCUUAAUUUUACUUGAAGGGACAUGUUUACCUAUAACCCCAUGAUAAUCCAUCCAUUGUAUCUGUUAUGCUCCCCAUACAAUCAACUUCCCCC